UUAAUACAAGUAUAUAAUAUAUCCACACAGGUAUAUUUGUGUGUAUCUAUCCAUAGAAAGAGAAAAACAGACCUUCAAUUGAAGAUAUUAAUGGCGAUGGAUAAACCUCCGGCAAGACCAAAAAGCAAGCUUUUAAAGUUCUUACCAAAAGCAGCUCCAUCGGCAAUAACAUUCCAUAAUCCUCCAUUCAGCCCCGGUAGAUCUGAACAACACCCACCGACCAAACAUAAACCGCCGCAUCCCAGAAGUGGGUUGUCAGUGAUCCCGUCGGGAGCAACUCACCGGAAAAAUCAUCCCAAAAACUCCGGCGAUUUCGAGAAUCAAGAACCCACUUCACCAAAAAUCUCAUGUAUGGGACAAAUCAAGAUCAAACACAACACUAAGAAGAUAAACAAGAAGGAAAUCGAUAAACCUAAGCACAUCAAAUCCGCGGCGGCAUCUCAUAAACAACAUGUUUUGAAGAGAAUCUUCGGCGGCGGCGGUGGCGGUGGCGGGGGAGGUACGAAGCCAUCUUUUAGGAAAUCGAAAUCUGAUAUGUCGGCGGCUGUGAGUUCGUCGAAGAUGUCGCCGCCGAACAGGGCGCCGGCGUUGAGUCAGAUGCAGCGUUUUUCUAGUGGUCGGGAGAGUUUAGCUGGAUUUGAUUGGACUGUUCAUUUGGCGCCGGAGAAGGUGGAGCAUCGCCGGCGGGAGCUUACUAUUAAUUAUUACUCCGAUGAGGAAAGAGAAAGAGAAGGAGAUAGCGAUGAUGAAGAUGGGGAACCCAUAAUUCCAUUCUCUGCCCCAUUGAUGGGCGGCGCCGGCGCCGGAGAUUGCGGCGGUGGUCGCGGCGGUGCCGGAGGAAGAGGAGGGUUUUGUUUAGAGCCUAGGAAAGAGAUUAAUCUAUGGAAGAGGAGGACCAUGGUUCAACCUAGGCCUCUUCAAUUGAAUACACAUGGUUAGGUUAAGAUAAUAAAUAU